GCUGUGGUCACACGAUCUCAAGUUCAUCCAUGACCACACCGAUACAAUGGGCGCUGACUACGUGACUACGGCAACACCAUGUUUACGUACUUGUUUGACGAGUCAUUUCUUUUUCUGGACACUUUGGAAAGCGAGAUGGAACUGACUGAGCGAGGAAGUCUGUCAUUGUGCUUCAUUUUGUGACGAUUCAGUAGGUUGAAGGACCUAGGGUCAGCUGACUAUAAGUGUGGUUACAGGAAGACAUAGCAUGACUUAUUCAUUCUACACAAACGGACACGAGCUAAAAGAAGGAUAAUGUAAGCGUCUUAAACUCAUCUCUGAUCUGCUUUUAUGGUCACUGAAGCUCUAAAAGUUAAAGUCACAUUUACAGGAAUAUUUCCAGGAAACAAUGAAGCUUCAGUCUUAAAAUAAUAUAACACUGAAUUUUUGAAUUUGAAUCUUUAUCCACACAUGUAGGUUUAAUAAAAAGCCGCGAGAGAGCAUUUUAGUGGCUUGCAGCUGCAUUAACUGUUCACCAUAUCUCUUGCAUAAACGAUAAUAGAAUCACAGGCAAAGCAAACCUGAGGCAAUAAAUGAAAAGUUAAAGAUACAGAAGAAAAUCAGAAAAACGCAAACAUUAUGUGCAUUUUUACUGGAGCAACAGAGUUGAGUCUUUGACUACCAACAGGCCUCCUUCCAAUAAAGUGAGGUGUUUUCUGGAUAACAAGGGAAAUGUAUGUAAAAACCUUAAAACUUCAAGUCAUUUCAAAGUGAUUUGAAAAAAUAACUAAAAUCCUGAGAAGUUGCUCUUCAGAUCUGUGGUGUUUUGUGUUCCUAAGCCUUAAACCAGAUGAUAUAAGAGUUUCUUUCUAUUCUUCUCCUGAAGCCCUUGAUCAAAUAUAACAGGAGUUAAUUGGGAAAGUUGAAUGUCACUCCUCUCACUCGGAUGCCUCCAGUUCAGAAAGUGUACGUGUUUGCUUUGAGGACCACAUUGUUUGAAAAAUGGCAGUAGUAUGUUGGCUAUAAGUUGAAAACUGUGGGCCUCCUGGCAGAUUUUUCAUCAGGAUUUUUAUGACAAAUUCUUAAAUAUUUUGAAAAAACGUAAAAAUUUGUAGUAGUCGUCUGACCACUGAGCUGGUCGAUUUGGUGCAAGAAGACUGUUUCUAUAAUGAUGUGGGAGAAGAUAUGCAUUGACAAAGAACAAUUAUACAGAAUUUAGUCAAGGAUAACAUGGCAAAAGCAAACAGUCCAAACAAUGAAAUCAAGAUUUUGGCCUCCGUAACCUGCGAGCUACAUCUGUGACACAGCAGAAGCUGAUUUGUUCCUUGAUUCAUUUGGACACAUUCGUUUACCCUAAAUCUGUAAAUAAACGGCCGAAUUAGCUUAUAUUUCCUGUGCAGGUGCAGAAACUUUUAACAAUAAUACAACAUAGUCACCGUAGUAAGUCGCAUGUCUAUAUCACCAUCGUUUUGGUGUCAGCCUUAAGCAGACCAAACCACCCUGCUGUUCACAGAGAGUUCACACAUUGAUCAUCUUGACGAUGUUGGAGCUCCAAUCAUUUCAUAUGAGUCACAUCUGAAAUCCCACAAACACCGUAGUCUGCUUUGAACUUUGUAGUUUUCGGGAAAGGUGAGGGAGCAAUGACCACAGUGUUGGGAGGUUGUUUUUUUAGUUUUGAACGUAACCGUAGUCUCUGUCUGUUGCACUUCAAAGACCGACUAAAGUACUGGAUGAUAGAGUCACUCAAGGGUCAUAAUGGGAUUGGUGCAAUACUCUGUGGCCCUCCUGAUGUUAUCCACACAGUUGGUGCUCAGCUUUCCCACACCAAAGAACACCUACAACAUUGGUGGGAGAGAGUGUAAAUUUUGCCCUGCAGGUAUGUAUCAGAGUGAUUGUACAACAUGUGAACACUGUCCUGCUGGAAGUUACACAACUGACUGGAACUAUGAAGAUGAAUGCCAUCUCUGCUUAGGAGACUGCAACCCUAAGUUGCAUCUUAAAGUGGUUCAGAACUGCACCAGUACGUCUGAUAUGAAAUGUGACUGCGAGGAUGGUUUUAGAUGCAUCAGGUGGACCCAUGACAAAAAGAACUGCUUGUCUUGUGAGAAGAUGCCAGACCCAACCCCAACCAAGUUUCAUCUUAAAGUGGUUCAGAACUGCACCAGUACAUCUGAUAUGAAAUGUGACUGCGAGGAUGGUUUUAGAUGCAUCAGGUGGACCCAUGACAAAAAGAACUGCUUGUCUUGUGAGAAGAUGCCAGACCCAACCCCAACCAAAGCAGCAGCUACAGAGAUCUCAGUCGGAGAUAAACACACGCCUUUCUCAGUUUCCUCCGGACAUACCAGCACUUCUCCCAAACCCUGCCAAUCUCCAGGGUGUCACCCGACGAAAGAGCCGAAUCCCACGCCAGGUCAUGCCAACCAUUACCUGGCAGCUAUUUUCAUUCCAGUGGGUGCCCUUGCAACUUUGGCCCUUCUCACCUUGUUCUGUGUCUGUCGUCCAAGAGAUGAGACAUUUAUAAGGCAAACUAUUGCAAAGCUCUGGAAUGAGGAAGGGCGAGGUGCUUCUCACAAGUCAAGGGAGCCAACUCAUCAGUUCCCCAGAGACUCAUUCAGUACAAAGCAGCAGCCCUCAACACCUUCAGCAGCCAAUCUUGGUCCGGUCCAUGUGCACAAUCCAGGCACAGUCAUCUUUAGCUUGCUCAGUCAAUUUACGGGUCAAGUCGGGCCAACGACCGAAUGCGGGAAGACAGCUGAGAGAGCGAGGAGAGAGGAAGAGGAUGAGAGAAACUGUCCAGUGUUUCAUCCUGCAUCUUCUCCCAGCAUUCAUCUCUCUGAGGAGGAGAGGAGUGGAGAGAAUGACACCAUUUUCUUCCCUUCCCAGGAGCAGGGGAAAGACUCCCACAUGUCGAAAGAGGAGAUCCUAUGAUGCAUCUCAAAAAAU